AUGUCUUUCUUUGGUUUUAUGAGUUCGCCUGUGUCAAUUCCUCCUGUUUUUGACACAACUCCAUGCCUUGAUCAUUUAAUGGAAUAUGAAGAUUGCGUUAUUGAGUAAGUUUCCUACCUAUACAUAGAAGUUUAAUUGAUUGUUUUAGUGUUGGUUCAAACAAGAAACAAUACUACAUGCCUGCUUGGCCAACUCUCUACCCUGGUCUCAGUGAAGGAAAAUCUAACCACUGGCUUGACACCAGAGUAAUUAUUUUCAAUUAAAAUCUAAACUCAACAAUAGCCCAAAGAUAUGAUCUUUGCAGAUAACUAGGAAAAAGACACCAUUGCUUAGGAUGAAGCAUUAUCUGCCAGACAAAGAUAAUUGCUUUACGAGUGCGAGGAAGAAAGAAUGGUAGUAAAAGCUUGCUUAAGAGAAUUGAUUAAACAAAAAAAGCAUCUUAAACACACUAGUUGGGAUACUGCCGAAUCUUCAAACAUGGCUCUAAGUUGA